AUGAAAUUUGGUAAUAAUUUACAACACUUAUCAAUUCCAGAAUGGAAAAGCUAUAAUAUAGACUAUAAUGAUUUAAAAUAUCAAAUUAGAGAAAUUACUCAGACUAAAUCAACCAACUUGGAUCUGUUGCAUCAAUCAUUCGUGGACAAUUUUGACUAUAUAAACUUAUUCAUUCAGACCAAAUAUGGAGAAUUAAUACGAAAAUUCGACUAUUAUGAGUUGUGUCUCCAAAAGAUUGUUAAAUCUUGUCAUCAAACAGAUGAUGAUUUACGAAAUUGUCUUGUUGAAGUGGAUGAAAUUUUCUACCAAAUUAUUGAAAUUUCCAUAGUAUUGAAAAACUUGUCAAAAUUCGUUGUUAUUCAAAAAAUUGCCAUCAAGAAGAUCUUCAAGAAAUUACUUAAAUACUAUCCAGUCAAGAAUCAAAGUUUAAAGUUUAUCCUUGAAUUAAAGAGUUAUUUGGUUAAGAAUCCAAAUUCGUUAAUUAAUUUUGAUUUGUCUCCUUUAACAAUGAAAAUUACCAAUAGUAUCAACCAAAUCAAGAAUGAACGUAAACGAUUGAAUAGUUUAGUUGAAGGUAAUUCGGUCGGUCUAGCAAGGAAAACGUCCAUGUUUAGUAUAUCAUCCACAUUAUUAUCAGACACUUAUUACCAAAAUUCUAUAUUUUCAAAGAGUCUACCACAUCAAAAACCACCACAAUUACAACCACACCAACAUGAUAACUUAACCUUGGAGUCAAACUUUGAUUUGUCGGUAUAUUUAAAGAAAAACUUCCAAUCCCAUGCAUUAAUACCUCAAGAUUCAAAUACCAUGAAUGAUUUGAUAUUAAACUUCAGCAUCUAUUUAAAUUUGAAAAACUUAUCAUCUACUGAUUUAAUAUCAUAUACUUAUUUGAUGAGUGAGGAAGAAGAAGAUAUAUUCGUUGAACCUUCAGUGAUUAUAUCUUCCAAUUCUCAAGAAAAUUCCUUAAUAAUUGCACAUAUUGGUGGUUUAAGGAAAUAUUCAUAUUGUUAUUUACCAAAUGAUAUUGUUCAACUCUUCAUUCAUCAUUUGAAUGACAGAGAAAAUGAGGAAUACAAGAACAGAUUGAUUGAAUAUUUUCAAACUCAUCAAGUCAAUCAUUUAACUAAGAAAACCAUUGAUCAUAUAACCUCUCAUAACUUGGUACCUAAAUUGAAGUUAUUCAGUAAAAGAUCAAGAUAUAUUAUCAACGAAGACGAAGAACCAGGGGAAGAAAAUUCUGAAGAUGGUGAUGACCAUUCCUUGGCUAGUGGUUAUCCAGAUAAUCACUAUUUGAUUACUUUGGAUUCAGAAAUUUCAACUACUAAUAACCAAAAAUACGUCAAUGAUUUGACAUUUCCUGAAAAUCACAAUGAUCUAGACCCAUUCCCACAUAAUCAUCUUGCUGUAUACUCCAAUGAUAUCAAAUUAUUAAACUUUGAAGAUUCAAUUGAAACAAAAAUCAAUAUCAAAGAUCAAGUGAUUCGUAAUAAAUAUUCGUCAAGUUGUAUGAGAAAUUUACCGAAGAAGAUCCAAUCGAUAUUAACCAAUAAUAGUUUAACUUUAUUUAAAGGGUUAAACUUUUACCAAUAUCAAUUAUCAUGUUAUUAUAACGUUAUCCCUGAUGGCAAAUAUGUUAACAACCAUUACACAAACUUACUUGAAAUCAAUUUAUUGAAAAAUUAUGAAAAUAUUGAAAGUUUGAAUAACCAAUUGAGUCAAGAAAAUGAUUUGAUCAAACAAAAAUCAAGGAGAAUCAUUGAACACAAGAUGUCUAUCAAGUCAUUAAACACACCAACACCAUCACCAGAUGAUAACCAAAAGAAUUCAUUUGGUUCAAGUGUCCAUAAUUCCAUAUUUGAUGAACCAGGUCAAGCAAACGGAGAAGAGUUAAGUAUAUCUCCAAAUGAAUUGUUACGAUUCAAUGAUGAAACACUCCUUACUGGUGAUGAAGAUGAUGAAGAUUAUGGAAUUUAUUUUGAAAUUCCAGAACCGGCAAGAGAUUCUUCCUUGAAUGCAUUCAUUGACACUUUGCUUAAUUUCAAGAAUAGACUUUUCAAGAAGAUUGAAAAGAAGAAGAAGCAAAUCAGAUUUAAACAAGCUGAGAAUCCAUUUUUCUAUCAUAAUGAAGAAGAACAAUAUCUUGAUCCUUAUACAAAGUUACUUGCUUGUUAUCAUAAUAGUUAUCAUUCACCUUAUGAUUCAAUAAAUGAAGAGCCACCAUCAUAUUUCCAUAGAAAUGAUUUCCAAAUCAAGUAUCAAUUAGAAUAUGAUCAAACGCUAUCAUAUAUUUAUUUCCUGUUGAAUUUAAUUGCUUUGUUUUUGUCUGGUAUACAGUUGGGUAUAAUCUAUCUGAUAUUCGAUAAUUCCAAUCAAGACCAUCAUUUCUUGAUUGUCAAUAAUAUCGGGUUAAUGAUUAUACUUAUUUUAGGAAUUGCGUUAAGUUUGAUUUUCAGUUUAAUUAGUGUUAAUUUGAUGUUUUAUAGGUAUACUCCGAUUCCUCAUAAACAUCAAAUUAUAUCAUGGAGUGUAUUUGUUAUUGUUGCCCUUUGUUGCGGUUGGGCUGGUGGGUUAAUUAUAUUCAAUUUUUAG